AUGACUCAAAAGACGGCGGCUAUGAUGCCGUUCAAGCCAGUCGAACACGCUAAAUGUCCGAAAUGCGGAAAAUCAGUUUAUGCUGCUGAAGAAAUGAACGCUGGUGGAUACAAAUGGCACAAAUUCUGCUUUAAAUGCAAUAUGUGCAACAAAUUGUUGGAUUCAUGUACAGUAGCUCCACAUGAGGCCGAACUGUACUGCAAACAAUGCCAUGGAAGAAAAUACGGGCCAAAAGGAGUCGGAUUUGGACUUGGCGCUGGAUGUUUGACUACGGAUUCGGGCGAGAAAUUCGGCGGAGUUAGAGAAACGAAUCGACCUAUGACUGCCGAAGCUUUCACAGCUCCGAUCAAUCCAUCACACAGCUAGAAUACAUCUCACAUGUAGAAAAUCAUUUUCUACUUUCAUUAUCGUUUGUAUAAUAAAUUGCUUUUGUGCAAUAUAAUACCAAUGUUUGGAUGUUUUGCUCAUAAAGAAGUUAAUAAUCAUUAUGUCGAUUGUAAUACGCAGGCCAAGAAUAAAGCCACA